UCUCCAAUCUAGUCUUAAUAGUAUUAUAAGAGUAUAAUCAUGCGUCACGUUCGUAAUAUGCCUUGAAAUGGUUUCUGGUGCCGAAUUACCAACUGAUGUAGAGAAAUGUCGCUAUGGUGACGGGGAUUGUAUUAAAAAUAACAUCAAUCAGCUCAUAAGACGCUAUCCUAAAGGUCUUCCGAAGUUGGGCAUAUCUCCUUUCAAUGAUUUCCGACCAGGUGAUCUACAAUUAUUUGAGGCCCCCCAAGUUGGUAGUAUGUGGUUGAAUUUUAGGCUAAUUAAUCAAGUGAUUAGUGGCUGUGAGAAUGCAACCGUUACAGACGUGAGUGGCUUCCAACAGGAUCCUACCAAGGCCAAAUUGGAGAUUGGGCUACGUAUACCCAGACUAGUCCAUAGAUAUCAAUAUAAGAUGCAACUGCGCUGGCUGUCCAUGGUGCAAACCAACACUACGGGACCCUGCUAUGCGGAGUUCCAAAAUGUUAGCCUAACGCUCAAUUUGAAGCUUUUUUCUGGAAUUGGGCGAUUUAUAUCAACACAAUUUGGAUCUAACGCUUGCCGUGAAUCGCGUUUACCGCGAAAACUGGCUGGAGCUCUGGAAUGAUAUUGAGCCGAAAGUUUCGCCCAGCUUUAGCAGGUCGGGUGCCCAGCUGCUGAAUCAUAUAUUUGAUACUAUCUCAUACGAUGAUAUGUUUUUAUAAUAGUUAAGUCAAUCUUGAUGACUCAAAAUUCUCAAGUACUAUUAUAUUUUA